UCUUGUUCUUUUUCUUUUUUUCCUCAGGGAAUUUGAACUCCAAAGACCAUCCCUCUCUCUCGCUCUCUCUCUCUCUCUCUCUCUCUCUCUGGCCUUCUCUCGAAGCUCUCGUCUUUGUUCUCUUGGAGGAGCUUACAAGAUAGAUUCAGGUCAAACUUCACGAAUCAUCAUUAAUAAAUUUAUAAAUGCAUGCAUUUACGUAUGUGUUCGCUUGCCCGUACUUUUUUUCGAAUUUUCAAAUUUUGGGUUUGUUUAGUCAGAGAUCGACUUGUGUUUACUGGGUUUUUUAUAGUUUGUCAUAUUCUACAACUUCUGGGCCGUGGCAUUGAUGCCUCUGUUUGCUUGAUGAGAAAAUGCGGGAGAUUCAAAACUUUAUAAAGCUUGGAAUUCCUUUUUUUAUUUUCCUAAUUAUCUGGGACUUCCACUCUAGCAAAGCUGAUGCAACAAUCGGAGUUUUUUCCCCUCCGGGUUUUGUUCAUAUGGUUUCAAGUUAAUACUUUGUGCUGUUCUUCUCUGAGGCUUUUAAACAUGAGGGAGAAAAAACUUGUUACUGCUAAGGGCCAGGAGCCAACUGUUCCACUUACACGCGCAAGGGCUGCUGCCUUCCUUGCAUCUGGAAAGUUGCCUUAUCUGAAAGCUCCUAUACAACAAAAUCAGAAGCGAACUUUGCGAGGAAAUCCAAAAGGUGCAGACUUGGAUGAGAACAGCAAUCAUGCUCCCACUGAUCCAUGUCUUCAGCGCAAGAGGAGGGUUGUGUUGCAGGAUGUCAGCAAUAUUUGCCACAAAGGCUCAUUUAGGAGCUGCUUGAAUGCAACUAAAAUUCAGGCUAAGAACAGCAAGCUGGCUAAAAAUAGUCGGGCAAACGUUAGCAAAGUGGGGCCUUCAGAUGCUACAGAAGGCCAACAGUUUCAAGCUGGUGCGAAAGCAAACCUUCUUCAAGAACCUAAAUCAAAAGAAGUUAGAAGUUCAACUAAUUUUGAAGAAAAGUUGCCUCUUCAGUUAAGUAGCAUAAGGGACUGUCGCAUAGACGAUCAUCUACUUGAAUAUCAGAGUUUUGGAGUGCCUUCACACCGACAAAGUCCCCCUAAGAAAGGUGGCUUCUAUGGGGACAUCAUUAUAUCAAGCAAUCCAGACGUUAUAGACAUUGAUGCAGAUUACAUGGAACCUCAAUUAUGCAGUGUGUAUGCUCCUGACAUAUAUAACAAUUUACGUGUAGCUGAGCUUGCUCGGAGACCAUAUCCUAAUUUCAUGGAAACAAUGCAGCGAGAUAUUACUCAAAGCAUGCGAGGGAUUCUGGUUGAUUGGCUUGUAGAGGUAUCUGAGGAAUAUAACUUGGUGUCUGAUACACUUUACCUCACAGUUUAUCUCGUUGAUUCAUUUCUGACUCAAAAUUAUAUUGAAAGACAGAGACUUCAACUUCUCGGCAUCACUUGCAUGCUAAUUGCCUCGAAGUAUGAAGAAAUUUGUGCACCGCACGUGGAAGAGUUCUGCCUCAUUACAGACAACACUUACACAAGAGAGGAGGUAUUGGAACUGGAGAUUCAAGUAUUGAAGUAUUUUGGCUUCCAGCUAUUUGCUCCCACUGCAAAAACUUUUCUCAGGAGAUUUCUUCGAGCAGCACAGGCUUCUUACAAGACCCCUAGUCUGGAGAUGGAGUACUUGUCCAACUAUUUAGCUGAACUUUCGCUAAUUGACUAUGGCUUCUUGAAUUUCCUUCCUUCUGUCAUAGCUUCAUCAGCUGUGUUUCUUGCCAAAUGGACGUUAGAUCAGUCAAAUCACCCAUGGAAUCCAACUCUAGAACACUAUACCUCUUACAACUCAUCUGAUUUGAAGACCACAGUAAUUGCCAUGCAAGAUUUACAGUUGAACGCCAACGGUUGUCCUCUGAGUGCCAUACGCAUGAAAUAUAGGCAACAAAAGUUCAAAUCUGUGGCGGCUUUGUCAUCCCCAAAACUGCUUGAAACACUAUUCUGAAUAUAUACUGGCUGUUGGAUUUUUAC